UACCUGUGGUCUCCAUGGUGAUCACCCGGCGAAGCCUGGACCAUGCGUUGUAAACAGUAAGAACAUUGCGCCUUUAGAACGUACAAUAUGACACAAGAAAAGAAAACUAAGCCAUCCACAGCGCCUAUAUUCACAAGAAGAGCUAGAUCCUCAGUUCAGCCUGGGCGGUCUAGUAAAAGCCCUUAUAACUACGAAGAACCGAUAACAGAUAGAGAAGAAUGGUGGCGUUCUACGCUAAAGGACACACCGGUUCCUGGAACUUACGAUAUCAAGAAUUUUGUCCAAGACAUGGAGGGGAAUCCAAUAAAGCCUACUUAUGGCUUCAAGAAUGCAGGUAGAAAGAAAGAUGCAGAUUUAUCAAGAAAAGGAAGCACCCUAAUGCCUGGACUUUACCAAUAUUCAACAUCUGUUGACAAGCUCGACCAGAGGAAAGUCACGUACAGCUUCAGAGCAUGUGACAGAUAUCACACCCCGUGUGCCUUAGUCGGGUACUCAGACAAGGAGUUUGUCAAUAGUCAAAUCAGCCCCAACACAUAUGAUAGAGGUUAUCAAUAUGUACCUAAAUUGCCAUCAAAACACCCUGCAUUCAAGUCCCAAAUUCACAGAUUCCCUACAGUCUACUUCAAACCUAGAGAGGGCCCUCCACCUGGGCAAUAUGACCUUUCAAAAGACCCUAUUUUACCAAAAGGGCCAAGGAUUUCAUCGUCAUUCAAAUCAAGGACUCCAAGAUUUCAACAACCCCAUGUUCUGAAAACUCCAGGUCCGGGUUCUUAUGACAAAACGUUCCAGACGCCAAUGCCGGAUACGAUCAAGAAAAUGGGAAGAAACUACGGGCUGUUUUUCACUUGCGGUACAUACGGCGAUUACUAAGCACAAUGAGAGAGUUAUUAUAUUUUUUAUUAAGAGCACUUCCAGGUGAUUUGAUACACGUAGAUUUGUAGGCAUGUUUAGGAUGAGCCGAGUUGUAAAUUUGUAGACCACUUUGUAAUUUAAUAAAGAGACACAUGGAA